AAAAAAAAGGAGAGCUGUGAGGAGAGAGAGGCGACGUCGCCGGCGACCGGAGGGGCGAUGAGCCGGAAGGAGGCGGCGGCGGAGGAUGCAGGAGGAGGGGAGGGGUCGUCGCGCUCGGAGGGCGGCGGGGAGCUGGCGGAGACGCUGGCGCGGCGGCGGCUGUACCGGGAGGUGACGCUGGCGCUGCGGGCGGGGCUGCGGGACGCCAGGGCGGAGUUCUCCUUCCUCCGCGCGCGGGGGCUCCGCAGCCUCCUGGGCUUCCUCCGCGCCACCGCCUCCGCGCCCGGCGACUCGCAGCUGCUCCUCUUCCGCCACUCCCAGUCCAUACCCGAUCUCCAAGUUAUUACUGUUCUCUUUCAGAAUUCAUUGCAUGAGGCAAAGGAAGAUCCUGUUUUGACAUUGGAUCAUAUAUUUGGAGUCGAGCCAAUCAAGAUUACCAGCCCCCCAACUGAUUCUGAAAUUGCUCUAGCUCUUAGAGUUUUGGAAGGCUGUUGCCUUUUGUAUAGCCGAUGCACUGCUCUGGCUCACAAGUACAAGGCUGUGAAGGUACUCUUGAAUAUAUUAGCCAGCAGAGGUCCAACUGAGCAAGGGGUUUGUUUGGAUGCUCUGAUAUCAUUGAUGUUGGAUUCACCUUCAAAUCAAAUUGAGUUUGAGGAAUGCAGUGGACUUGAAAAGGUUGCUGAGCUUUUGAAGGACGAGCAAGUGGAAGAGCACAUAAGGUUGAAAUGUGGUGAGUUUCUACUGCUACUCAUCGGACAUGUUUAUGCCAAGGAAAACACUCCCAUACAUGAUCAGAUGCGGAAUCUACUUGGGGAGCAGUGCGCGUCGCUCAUAUGGGCAGCAAGCCGGUUCGGAUCCACCCUAGACCCGGAGCAGAGGCAGAUGGCCUUGCAGAUACAAGCGAGGAGAGUUGUUGAAUCCUUGGAGCCCUACUAGGACGGUCGCAGCAAUGUGUUCCAUGUCUCUGGUCUCAGUUGCAUGCUUCAUUCUCUCCCCCUGCAUAAAAGGGGUGCGUCCUCAGUUUUGUGGUCCAUCACAAGGCCUCUUGUCCUUCUUUUCUUGUGUAAAGCUAAUUUUAUGUUUGUUGUUCGUAUGAGUUUGAAAAUGCCGUAUUUGUUUCAUGUAUGUUGCAAAGAUUGGCUAUUUAGCUUUGUUUGAAGACCAUGGACUAUAUAGGGAGAUGGGUCUAGUUUUAAAA